UUAAAUAUUAAAGAAAGAAAAACAAAAGGGUCUUAAAGCCUUUUUGAUUUACCUUUUAAGGACUAAAUUCCGCAAAAAUUCUCUCAGCCGCCCUCUCCUUCCUUCCAACGAUAAGACACAGAGGCGGAGGAACGAAAUCAAUUUUUGUUUUCCUGAUUGUUGAUUGGAUUCUGAUCCAUAUAGUCUCCCAAGGCUCGAUUCCUUCCUUCUUUCUCCAACUGAGUGACAAUGGCUGGCACCAAGGGAUCAGAGAGUGUUAGGAGUUUGAUGAACCCAGGGAAAAGUGCUUUGCUCCCUCCAAAGAUCCCGUUUCCUAGUGGUUUGAUGGGUUCAAGGCUCAGCCACAAGGUUAGUGUUGAGAAAGCUCACCAGCGGACAUCCUCUGAGAGCCAUUUGGUAGAAGAAGAGCUUCCCUUUUGGCUUGAUGAUCUUCUCAAUGAGCCUGAGAGCCCUGCUCGCAAGUCUGGUCAUAGGCGUUCGGCAAGCGACUCUUAUGCUUACCUUGACGUGGCUAAUGCUGCUACAACCAUAAGUGAUUUCAGCUAUAGGAAUCCAGCUGCUUCUAUUCAAAGAGGAAUUCAAGAGCUUGAUCCUAGUCAGGACGCUUCCUUUUACGCUGAUGGUAGUUUCCUGAAGCAGAGGAAUCGACCAUCUGGGGCUCGUCCUUCUUGGACUCGAGAGAGUGUUGGUGGUGGGAAACACAUGGGAGCAUCAUCUUAUAUGUCUCAAGAUGCAACAGCAGAAACAAAGAGGUUCUCUUCUGAGGAAAACAACUCCAAUCCUCAGCCUGGGGCGUAUGAGGCUGAUAAUACAAAACGAGCCAAACAGCAAUUUGCACAACGAUCACGGGUACGUAAGCUCCAGUACAUAUCUGAGCUAGAAAGGAAUGUACAAACAUUGCAGGCAGAAGGCUCCAAAGUUUCAGCUGAGCUUGAUUUUCUCAACCAGAGGAAUCUUAUUCUGAGUUUGGAAAAUAAAGCUCUUAAGCACCGCCUUGAAAGUAUAGCUCAGGAGAAGCUUAUCAAACAGCUGGAACAAGAGGUGCUGGAAAGGGAGAUUGGAAGACUACGAGCUCUGCAUCAACAACAACAGCAUACUCGUCAACAAUCAGCAAGUCACAAACGUGCAAGUAGCAAAGAUCUGGACUCUCAAUUCUCGACUCUUUCCCUGAACGCUAAAGAUUCCAACUGCAGGCGUGACUCUUUAUCUGUGAUGGGUCAGUUCCACUUUUAGUCAGUGUAUCUGAGUGUCUCUCUACCCACGGGUUCAUUAGCUCUAAGAGGGCAUGCCGUUUCAACAAGAUCAGGCCCUACUCUAUUGUCUCGUAAUGCUCCCUCACUUUUUUUUAUGGUCUAGUGCACCUGGUUUCCGUUACCUGAAAACCUAUAUUACUUCCAGCAUAUGGCUUGCCUGAGGUGCUUUAGUUUGAAGAUCAUACACCUGGACUUCAUUAAUCUGGUGUUGUUGUGGUGACUUGUGGUUUGGUAAAAGAUACACUGAUAUGUGGAGUUGUACUGUUUAUUUGUUUGUAUUUUAUGUAACUGGUCAAAUGGUGCAUUCCCGUGGAGUGAAUGGUUCAUGUAAAGUUGAUGACGUUGUAAACUUCCCCCAAGUGUGAGGAUAAUUUGAUUGCUUGAGAAUUGCUGAA